CAAGAAUCGGAAAAAAAGUUCUCUCACCUCUGUAAUGGCUACCCCUCCAAGGUCUCUUAAUUUCUUGAUCUUCAUCCUUAUUUUCACAAAACUCUUGGCCAUAGCUCAAGAUGAUGAUACCCAGUUCAUGUACCAUGGCUUCCGAGACUCCAAACUCUAUAUCGAUGGGCAAGCUGUGAUUCGCCCCAAUGGUCUAUUGCGGCUAACCAAUACUUCAGAUGGCGAAACUGGCCAUGCUUUCUACCCAAAUCCUGUGAGAUUCAACUCGUCCUCCUCAUCUGGGUCAGCUCAAUCUCUCUCGUUUUCCACGUAUUUUGUCUUUGCCAUUACCACUGACUUUGAUAUUCCCAAAGGCCAUGGCUUUGCCUUCGUCAUCUCACCAUCUCUGACCUUCACCCAGCGAGGUUUGACAAACCAGUUUCUGGGAAUUUUCAAUUCUACCAACAACGGCCUCGCUUCGAACCAUGUGUUUGCAAUUGAGUUUGAUACUAUGAAGAACCCAGAUUUUGAUGAUAUUGAUGGUAAUCAUGUGGGUAUCGAUAUAAACAGCCUCAUAUCUAAUAUAUCGGUGACUGUCACAUAUUUUUCCAAUACAGAAGGGGUUAACAAGACCUUGGAUCUUACGAGUAAAACUCCAACUCAGGUUUGGAUAGAUUAUGAUGGAGUGAAAAAGAAUCUCGUCGUUACAUUAGCUCCUGUCAGGAUCGCGAAACCAAAUCGACCUCUCUUGAAUGUGUCCAUUGAUCUUUCUCCAAUUUUGUUCGACUAUAUGUAUGUUGGUUUCUCUGCAGCUGCCGGAGCAGCUAAGCUAACGGGAAGCAAUCACUAUAUUCUGGGGUGGAGCUUCAACAAAACUGGGCCAGCACAAAUCCUAGAUGUCUCAAUACUUCCUCCAGUGCCCGGGGUUAUGAUAACCAAAGGAACACUGGUUCGAGAUGUUACAAUCUCGGUCGCAGUAGUACUGGUUGUGCUCAUCAUCACAACGGGUGGGAUUGCUUACAUAAAACACAGAAGAAAAUAUGCAGAGGUACGCGAGGAUUGGGAAGUGGAAUAUGGACCUCAGAGAUUCUCCUAUAAGGAUCUUUACAAAGCAACCAAAGGGUUCAACCACAAAGAGCUUCUAGGAGCAGGAGGUUUUGGACAGGUUUUUAGAGGAAUACUUUCUUCUUCCAAUGCCCAAGUCGCAGUGAAGAGAGUCUCCCAUGAGUCAAAUCAAGGGAUGAGGGAAUUUGUGGCUGAAAUUGCCAGCAUGGGAAGGCUCAGGCACAGGAACUUGGUGGCUCUCCUCGGCUACUGCCGGAGAAAGGGGGAGCUUCUCUUGGUCUACGAUUGUAUGCCCCAUGGAAGUCUUGACAAGUUUUUGCACAGCAAUGAGAAACCAAGCCUGAACUGGGCCCAACGAUAUCAAAUCCUCAGAGGAAUAGCAUCAGGCCUUCUGUAUUUGCAUGAAGGGUGGGAAAAAGUAGUUCUUCACAGAGAUGUCAAGGCCAGUAAUGUCCUACUGGAUGCUGAUUUUAAUGGGCGGCUAGGAGAUUUCGGGCUUGCUAGAUUGUAUGAUCAUGGUGAAAAUCCUAAAACAACCCAUGUGGUUGGAACUUUUGGGUAUAUUGCACCAGAGCUUGCUAAAACUGGGAAGGCAACUACUAGCACAGAUGUCUUUGCUUUCGCGGCGUUUAUGCUCGAAGUGGCCUGUGGACAAAGGCCUCUAAAGGUUCAUGGAUUUGAUGAUAAAAUUCUGGUUCAGUGGGUUUUGGAGAAAUGGCAAGAAGGAGCAAUCCUUGAGGCUAGUGAUCCCAGAUUGAGAGGUGAGUUUGUGGCGGAAGAAAUGGAGUUGGUUUUGAAGCUGGGCCUACUUUGCUCGCACUAUAAUCCAGUGUCUAGGCCUAGCAUGAGGCAAGUGAUGCAAUAUUUGGAUGGGGAUGCCAUGUUUUCGGAAGUAUUUAUUGAUGAUGCAGGUAUUGGUAUGGCCGCAUUAAUGGGGAAUGGGAUUUCAAAUGAAUUUGCAAUGACAUUUCCUUCAUCAUCAUCGGAGAAUAUUUCUGCUAAUGCCCUAUCUGGUACAGAGUCACUCCUCUACAUGGGACGUUAG